UGAUGAUGACCAGCGAUGACGGAUGAUCGUCUGACCCGGGCUCGAUUGACUCUCUUUCUAAAAUUGAGCCAUUCGUUGUCCAAGCAGUAUAAGCAGGGUUGACGAAGAUGAAUCGAAACUGUAGCCGGCCAGUAUCCAUCCGGAGAUCGAGUCGUCAACACACGCGUAGCAAUCGGGUUCAGUUCCCAAGUGCAGCUCAGCUUAGCGCGUACUUCGGUGCUCUUGUUUGGUUUGAAAGAAUAGACCCGUGUGAUUUAUGCUGCUGGUCUGUCCAGAACAAUUACCACCGACCAAACUCCAGCAGCAUCGGCGGUCAAAGAGCAACCGCAGCUCGUUGGAAGAAAGCACGUGUACCAUCAUCACAUGCGCCAACAAUGCAUCGGGAGAUGGUUCUCUAGCAGGUCUGGGACGUGCCUUUCCGAGGGCGGGAAAAUUCUAAAGGGAGUGCAACGAACAAAAAAGUAGGUACAUGUGACAAAGUUCGAAUGAAAAGAGAAAAAGAACGGGGAUUAAUCGGUUGCGUGAUUUUGGUUAAGUGAACCCGUAUAAUUGCCGAAACCAACUAGGCGACAAUCGGAGAAGCAAAGAAUGACAAAAAUGUGACAAAAAAGCUAGCGUGUCAAAAGAGAAUAAUUGCAUGUGAAGCUGGUGGUUCUGGUGAUUAAUUACGAAACUUGACUUCCUUCCGACGAUAAUAAAAUAGAAAAAAGAGAACCCGAAAUCUGGAAAAUAGUGGAGAGUCAGUGAUUCCGUGAAAGUGUCCAAAGGAAGAUCCAGAUUACGCUCGAUCAUUAAUUCAAUUGAUUUUAUAUAACAGUUCGCAGAGAAAUUCGCACCACACUUCGAACCGCGAUGAAUUUGAUUUCCGUUAGCAGAAGCGCCAACCACGCGUCGCUCAAUUGGAUCACCAGCGUUGCGCUGGUGACGAUCGCCAUCCUUCGUUUGCCGUUUGCCCUCUGCGGUCAGCAGUUCAGAAGCGUACCCACGACCGUCAAAACGUACGAGAACGAAACCGUCCUGCUGCCGUGCUACCACAAUUCUCCGUACCGAUAUGUUCGAUGGUCGCGAGAUGAUAUGCUACUGGCGGAUUCCAGAUAUCCAGAGCUGACACCACCGCCACGGGUCCGACUGUGGAACAAUGGCAGUCUAGAGGUGGACCAAGUUCAGAUGGACGACACGGGAGACUACACGUGCGAAAUUAUCACCGAGGCGGGGCGGGCACUCCAGAAGCAUGCUAUCCAGGUGCAGUAUCCUCCUAACAUAUUGAUGUACCCAACCGAUCGGGUGGAUGUAAAGGUUGGCCAAAUUUUAGAAAUCGUUUGCGAUGCAUCCGGAGUUCCACUGCCUUAUAUCACCUGGACGUUUAAGAAUGAUAAUAGCAGUACUACAUUUGAUAAUAAUCGAAAAAUAAACGUUCUAAUUGAGGAUAAAGAUUAUGCCGGUCCGAUAGAAUGUACCGCAACCAAUGGCGUUGGCGAUCCAGUCACAGAAAUUCUAGAUGUAUUUGUGGAUUUUAUACCUGAGAUAACCGUCAAAACGAAUCCAGUUCACACAAAAGUCGGUCAGAAUUCUCAACUGGAGUGUUUAGUAACAUCUGCCCCAACUGCUUCCGUCCAUUGGUUCCACCGAGGACUACCCUUGCCAUCGGAUCGACGGUAUACCAAGCAUGACAGCAUUGUCGGUGCACACCAAUAUUACACUGUCUAUCGGCACGUCCUGUCCAUCCGAAACGUCAAAGACGCCGAUCUGGGACACUACGAAUGCAAAGCUGAGAACAAAGUCGGCAUCAAGGGAGCCCACCUCGAACUCACCGGGCGACCAAUGCCAGCUUCUUUCAAACCUUCCACAGAAAUGUCGUCCCCGACGACACACAACCUGAUCUGGCAGGUGGAGAGUUUCUCGACUAUAAUUGAGUACAAGUUGAAAUUCCGAAAGAUCCCUUCGGGAAACAUCACUCCCAGUAAGCGGUUUCCUAACCUUCCUUGGAGUGAAUUGAUUAUUCCGUCCGAUGGCUCUGCCGGUCCGUUGCAUAGCACAGGCUACACGUUGCAGGGUCUACAAGGAGCCAGCGUAUACGAAGUCGUUGUGUUGGCCAGGAAUCGGUACGGGUGGAGCGAUGCCAGCAAUAUAUUGAGGUUUGCCACCGGAGGGGAAGUUGAGUUGGAAGAUUCAGGAUCUCAAACGACGGAAACUAUCGAGUAUCCGAGCGAGGGUGAAUAUCCCAGCAUUACGGAUAAUGCCAUCGCAGACGAGGUAUACGACGAGUUAUACGGAAAUGUGAAUAGAGGAGUUGGAUUUGGUCAGAAAGUAGAAUGCCUUAGUUUACUGAUAAUUGUACACAGUCUGUAUUUGUAUGCAUGGAUAAUAAAUUCAUAAUCUAG